CAUAGCAACCUUUAACAACACACAGCGCAGUGAAGAUGGAGAACAACAACAACGGCACCGCCUCUCGUUUCCACGACUCUUUGACUCAGUUUAAAGUCUACGAAGAUUACCUCGACUCCAAAGUCACGCCGAUGGAUGUAUUUUACUUAAAAAGCAGGGAGUUGGCCCGUAAGCUGGUGGAGCACGGCCACAAGGGCACCGUCCUGAGCAGAGAGGAAUUUGAGGAGAAGAAAGCAGCUGCACAGGCUGCAGAGGCUACGAAGAGCAACACUUUCUACAGCAGGAGCCGGCUAAUGACACUGGCAAGUGGAGGAAAAGAACUCAAAGAUAACUUCCUGAAAGCCCUGGCAGAGCGAGAGGAGGCCAACCGCAGUGGGAAAAUGACUUCGGUCAUUUUCAUAAGGGAUCAUAAUACUCUUGGACAGGAAGUAUCUGGCUAUAUAGACUACGCCCACAGACUCAAGACCCACGAUUUUGAACCAUAUUUCAGCGGAAAGAAGAGGCUCAUGCCAGGACGCUCGGAUUUAUGCUACUACAACUGGAAGACACAGGUGUCCACGUCCAACUCCAGCCCCAACUUUGAGGUGAUUUACGACGACCCUAACGGCCUCCUCUUUAAGAACAAGAGGGACAAAAAGAUCCUGAAUGUGGACCCCAUGUCCGGUCCAGGCGAGGACUCCAACAGGACCUUCCUACAGUCGGACCUCUACAUUCAUGUCGUCAUCUACGACCACAACAUCAGGACUGUCUAAGCUUCAGAGGGCUGCAGCCGACACGUUGGUACAUAUGGCACAUAUUGGAGAGCACUGGAAGCCUCUAAUUUGACCGAGCUGCUGUAGUCGCACCAUCAUUUACAGACUGUUGCCCUCCUAUCAUGCAUGCCAUCUGGGUGGAGGUGCUGCUGUGAGAAAAAAAAAAAGGCUUUAAAACUGAGGAUUCCCAGAGGAAGAAGUGGACGGACCAGUGUGACGACUUGGAAGUUUCUCUGCAAAUAAACUGACAUUUUAUGUUACUUCAGAUUU